AUGACUCCGUCGCCCGUCUCGCCUAGCAUUGUGGGCUCUCCCCGAAGCACGACCUCCAUAUUGACCCCGACUCGGAAGGUUCAGGCUGUACUCGCGCAGUUCAGCGACUCCGAGUCUGACGACAAUGCAACAACUUGUCCACAAAACGCCAACGACAGUGUUGUCUCCGAAUUCCAUGAUGUAGCGGAGGGGGCGAAGCCAACGGAAUCCCUAGACGAGUCAGAGGACGAGGACAUCCUAGUCCCCCGCCGGCUCCCAGCCCCUAGGCAAACAAAUACUGCUACACCUGAUCGACCGCAGCAUCACGACCGCAACAAUGCUCUGGAGAGUGUCUUGGGAGAGGAGGGCGGUAAAGACGAUAGGUUGUUUAACGACUCAGAAGAGGAUGGGUCCCGGGCACUGCACAAUACCACCAACCUCGAGGCAUCCAAGUCUGGAUCCCGAUCUCCUUCACCCUUGUUCUUCCCUUCACCCGACGGCCACAAGUCGAAGUUUCUUGCUCUUGUCGAGAAGCAUAGAAAACAACGGCAAGAGAAGGAGGCACUAGAAGCUGAAAAGCGUGCCCUGCAACUGCAAAGCCGGAAAGCCGAAAAGCAGGGACGACGGAAACCGCGUGGAUCCAGUCCUGCGGAUGACACCGAAGAAGAUAGCGAUUUAUCGGAAGGGACCGGGGGAAUAAAAUUGUCAAAGCAAGUGCGUCCUACCCGCAAGGCGAGCAAGAAAGCCCUUGAAGAGAUGAAUCGAGAGACUCAACGGAUUAGUCGAAAUAUGCAACUUGCACAUCAGGCACGUACCAAGAAGAAGAUCAGCAAGGACAGCUUGUUGGCCCGGUUCAAUUUUCCUGUGGCACCUUCAAGGGCUGAACCAGACCACGAGCUCUCCGCUACAAGCAGUUCCAGGGCGCCAUCAGAGGACGAAGCCGAGAAAAGCAACAACACUCCACCCACAAGCCCGCCCGCAGAUGUUGUCAACCCGAAGCUAUACAAGGGCAAAGAGCGGGCCCUUUCGUUGGAACCCCUCGAAGAAGUGGUGCGCACUAGUUCAAGAACGAUCCCUGGCUCUAACGAAAUCGGCGAGCAGCCACUGAAACCCUCCGUCAAGCCGUUCAAAGAGCCAGGAAAAUCCAGAUUUCUCUCUCUUCAAGCAAUUGAGUCCGAUGACGACGGGUCUGGUUCAGAUCUGGAGGUCAUUACAUCCCGAGCCGAUAAGCGCAAAUACGCUGUAUUUGAACACCUGCGAGCUCGAAAUGCCAAAGAGGCUCCCUCGCAUAUAGCACUACGAUCGCUUGCGAAUCUGAUGAAGGACGAUCGUAAGCGCACUGGUAGUGGGGCGGAAGUGGAAGCGCAUUUGCGAAGAUUGGCUCGCGAACAAGCACAACAGGAGAAACAACGCAGACUUGACGAGUUGAUGGCGAAAGGGGUGGUCAUCCAAACCGCGGAAGAGCGUGAGAGAGAGCAACAGGAAGUGGAGGAUCUGCUUGAGCGGGCACGACAAGAGGCGGCCGAAAUCCAGAGGCGAGAAAAGGUUGCGGCGAAGAAGGAGGGCAAGUACACCAAGGACGACCUGGAUGAUGAAGAGGAAAGUGACGAGGAAGACUUCGCCGUCGAAGAUGAUGAUGGGGAUAACGAGGACUCGGCGGAAGACGACGAGGACGAUGUGGAAGACGCUGAGGAUGAAGAACCCGAUGAGAUUGAAGGGGAUGGACAGGAUGGGGGCAACUUUCUUGACAAUGAAGCGGAUGAAGGUGUUUCGGCCGAGUCGUCGUCUGCAGAAAGUGCAGCUGAGAUUGACGACGAAGCCUCGGACGAUGCAGCUGAGGACGUGCAACCGCUUAACUUGGUCCCACGAAAAUCCCGCCUAAACCGAGUUGUUAGUGACGAUGAGGAGGGUCAUGAAGACCGGCCGCCAUCUCCAGAACUUCCCGCACCUGCGAAGACUCCCCAAACUUUGACUCGCUCGGCGCGAAAGCAGAUCCCCGGCCUGCAGAUGUCGGACGACCUGCCCAUCGGCCUGACGCAAGCCUUCGACGCUACCAUGGCAGAUUCACAGACUCAGGAGUCGCCGCUCACCAAAGAUCAGGACAGCCUCCAGAUGAGCGCGGAUCUCCCAUCACCCAAUAUCGCCAUGGUGCCCAAGCUUUAUCGGCUCGAUUCAAUUGACGUGAUCACCGACAGCCAGCCCGCAUCUCAGACGCAGCCGCUGAAUGUGAACCUCUCAUUCUCUCAUUCAGACAUCGUCCCACAGUCACCUGCCAUACGCUCAGCGGUCGAUGGGAUGGACAUGACCCCGUCACAGCCACAUUUUGAGCCAACGCAGGACGGUGGAUAUGUCCUAAGCCCGUUUGUGGGCAACCGCUUCGCGACCCAGACUCCUCGACACCCUCUGCCACACUCCAGUGUGGACACUGUCAUCUUAGCCAAUGGUCUGCAAGAUAGCCCUAGCAUGCAGAGAAAGAGCAGACUUAGACGCGGCCGUGCCACUAUGGAUGACUCGGAUGACGAAAAAACUGACCCGAAAGACUCUUCAGCUUUCGAUGUGAUGCAGCGCGCUGCCGCCAAGCAGUCUCGGGAAGCAUUUGACAAGCAGAAGUCACGAGCACGUGAAGCAGUGGAUGAUGCUGCAGAAGAGUCCGAAGAUGAAUAUGCUGGCCUCGGUGGAGCGAGCGAUGACGAGCUAAACGAUGAGGAAAAUGAGGAUGAUCGAAGAAUGAUUGAUGAAGACACGCAGGUUGGAGUGGGAGAUGCAGCCAAACUGGCCAAGCUCUUCGCGGAUCGGGAACGCCAGCAGGAUGAGGCUGCCGUUUCUAAACUCUUGAAAGACAUCACGACCGGUGCAUUGCGGCGGAAGCGUGGUAACGAUGAACUGGACCUCUCGGAUGAGGAAGAUGCCUUGAUGCGACGUAGAGAAGCGAAGAGAAGAGAGUUCGCCAAGAUGCGCCGCGAGUUGCUAAAGGACGAAGCUGUGGGAAAGAUUGCUGAAGAUAAGAAGAAAGAAGCCUUUCUCCGGAGUAUCGAAGACCGGCCGAACAGUGACGACGACGACGAAUUUGAACGCCCAGAAACCCAGCCCGAGGAGGGCUCGCAAGAAACGGAUAGCCAGAACACGCAGUCGAGGCAAAGGGCCGAGGGCAACACGUUUCAGCAAUCGAGCGACACGGCUAGCCAUCCGCUUAAGGCCACAGGAGCAUCCAAGCUAAACCAAGGCCUACACACGGGUCGUCGGAACGGCAUACAUGUCAACAAAAGACCAGGAACUUUGGCUGAGAUCCGCGAAUCCGUCUCGUUCCUCAUUGAGGAGCCGGCCUCUCAAGCAGGAACAGUUGAUCUCGGCCUCUCGGACUCAGAUGACGACGCGGAAGCGUAUGUUGACCUCGAUCGCCAUCUCCAAGCUGCGGAAGCAGACGAGAACGCCGCAGAUGCAGAUGAUCUCGGCGACUUCAUCGUGGACGACAACGACGACGGCCAAGCCGAGCAAGAAAGGACGUUCAAGAAGCCCGCCCUGCCCACCUCCGGCUCUCGCGCGCCUUUCUCAGACCGCCGCACCAAGGAACGAGUCAACGUCGUCAAUCGUUUAAGCAUGCUCCGUCAGCAGUCUUCCUCUGGCUCUUCCAGUACCACGAAAAUGGCAUUCUACACGUCGACAUCUUCUGCCAACAGCUCCUUCAGCAAAGUGCCGGGGCUCUUACGACGUGCAACCACGAAUUCAAGCUUGGGAAGCAUGGCGGGCAGAGACGAGAAUGUGUCAGCGACGGGAGUCGUCACGAACAAGACGGAGCGUGGGAAAGCCAGUGACGAAAAGACGUUUGUUCGGAAAGGAACGGGCGGAAGGAGGAACGCGGUCAAUUAUAGGCCGACGAUGAGAGAGGAGAAGAUGUCUCAGCGAGCUGGGGUAGCGAAGCAAGCGGCGGCAAAGGCGAAAAAAGGGGGAUUCUUGGGUGGCUUGUUCAAUGGCGGGAGCUGGAAUUGA